UCAGCGCGGGACACGGUGAGAUAGUGCGUGUGCUUUAUGUUCCGGUACUGUAAGCUGCGGUGUUUCCACUGUGUGAGCGAACAGGCUUUUUCAUGUGUUAGCUGAGGUCUGGAAACAAGCAUGCGAGCUUUCCUGGGUUUGUUUGUGUGCUCCUUGACGGUUCUCGCCGUCCAUGGACUUUACUCUGCCAGUGACGAUGUGGUCGAGCUCACUCCUUCAAACUUCAACAGAGAAGUUCUGCAGAGUGAUAGUUUGUGGCUGGUGGAGUUUUACGCCCCCUGGUGUGGACACUGCCAGAGCCUGACCCCAGAAUGGAAGAAAGCAGCCACAGCGUUGAAGGGUGUUGUUAAAGUGGGUGCUGUUGACGCAGACCAACACAAGUCACUGGGAGGCCAAUAUGGAGUUCGUGGUUUCCCCACUAUUAAGAUCUUUGGUGGGAACAAGAACAAGCCUGAGGAUUACCAAGGUGGACGCAGCAGUCAGGCAAUUGUUGAGGGAGCUCUGAAUGCAGCACGAUCUCUAGUGAAAGACCGACUGAGUGGAAAAUCUGGAGGUUCUGACUACAGCAGACAGAGUUCCGGAGGUAGCGGUGCCGGCGAUAAGAAGGAUGUGGUGGAGCUGACUGAUGAUAACUUUGACCGCCUGGUUUUGGACAGCAAUGAUGUGUGGUUGGUGGAAUUCUUUGCACCGUGGUGUGGACACUGUAAAAAUCUUGAGCCUGAAUGGACGGCUGCGGCUACUCAGGUCAAAGAGCAGACAGGUGGAAGAGUGAAGCUGGGAGCUGUAGAUGCUACUGUUCACCAGGGUCUGGCAAGCCGCUAUGGAAUUAGAGGAUUCCCCACCAUAAAGAUCUUUCGAAAAGGAGAUGAGCCGGCGGACUACCAGGGUGGACGCACACGCUCGGACAUCAUUGCCCAUGCCCUGGACCUUUUCUCAGACAACGCCCCUGCUCCAGAACUUCUAGAGAUUCUGAAUGAGGAUGUUGUGAAGAAGACUUGUGAAGAUCAUCAGCUGUGUAUUAUUGCUGUUUUGCCUCAUAUUCUUGAUACAGGUGCAGAAGGCAGAAAUGCUUAUCUGGAGGUUAUGAUUAAGAUGGCUGAGAAGUACAAGAAGAAGAUGUGGGGCUGGCUGUGGACUGAAUCUGGUGCUCAGAUGGAACUCGAGGGCGUUUUGGGGAUUGGGGGAUUUGGCUACCCCGCCAUGGCAGCUAUUAAUGCUCGCAAGAUGAAGUUUGCUCUUCUUAAAGGCUCGUUCAGUGAGACAGGAAUCCAUGAGUUCUUGAGGGAUCUCUCUGUUGGGCGUGGCUCCACUGCCACAAUAACAGGUGGGGCUUUACCCAAGAUCCACACUGUAGAAGCCUGGGAUGGGAAGGAUGGAGUCCUUCCUGUGGAGGAUGACAUUGACUUGAGCGAUGUGGAGUUGGAUGACAUUGAGAAGGAUGAAUUAUGAGUUUAUAGGCUGUGUGAGGCUUGUCCAGUUUGAGCCUAUGAGCAGCCUCUCCUCUCCCAUGGAUGAGGGGGAAAACUGGGACAAUAAGUUACUGAACACUCUUGAAAAAGACAAAAGUCUCACUUAACUUUUCUCCAAUCGUUUGAAAUGAGGCAGGAUUGGGAUUUAAAUCAUGGUUGCUUUGGCUUUGCCUCAUAGGCCUCCUUUCUAUUUGAUUGGUUGACUGUAUGGAUGUGCUGAGAAAGGUGUUUCACUUUUCCCUGUCUAGUUAUACCCAAAAUACAUAGCUUUUAGAAUAAGGUUUAUUUGCUGUGUUCAAAUUAAAUGGCACUCACUAAGGAGAGGAAACAG